AUGACGAGCUACCAGGCCGUCCGGCCCCGCUCCGACGAAGAAGCCCGAGCGCCGGCUACGCCCGCCUCGCCGCCGCCUCCGUACCCGGACACGGAUGCGGACGCCUCAGCGGCACCCCGCGAAGAUCAGCCCCUGCUUCGCGACCCGGGCGCCGCGGUCACGGACGGCGAGACAUGGAAGCCCCCGCCCGGCUUCAGCUGGAUCGAGCUGGCCAUCAUGUCCAACGUCUUCCUGUACGGCUUCGACGGGACCAUCACGGCGGCGACCUACGCCGUCAUCAGCUCCGAGUUCGACGCGGCCAACACCGCGUCGUGGCUCACGACCUCGUACCUCGUCACCAGCACCGCGUUCCAGCCGCUGUACGGCAGGUUUUCCGACAUCUUCGGGCGGAGGGUGUGUUUCUUCGUCAGUAGCAUCACGUUCGGGCUCGGGUGUCUCGGGUGCGGGUUGGCGGGGGAUAUUGUGUUGUUGAACUGCAUGCGCGCGUUGACUGGUUUUGGCGGUGGAGGUCUGAUGACGAUGGCGACCAUCGUCAACUCGGACAUGAUUCCUUUCCGCAAGCGCGGCAUGUAUCAGGCCCUCCAGAACGGCAUGUUCGGCUUCGGCGCCGUGGCGGGUGCUUCGUUUGGUGGCUCGAUCGCCGAUCACAUCGGUUGGCGCUGGUGCUUUCUUCUGCAGGUCCCCGUGUCGGUGUCGGCGCUCGUUCUCGGCGCAAUGGUCAUCAAGAACCCCGAAGGCGGCUUCGACAUUGACACGACCGACUUCAAGGCCAUCUGGACCCGCGUCGACGUCUCUGGUGCGCUGCUGCUCGUGGUGGCUAUCUCGGUGCAGCUCGUCGGUCUGAGUCUAGGCGGCAACGAGCUUCCCUGGGGCAGCCCUAUCGUUAUCGGGACUUUGGUGGGCAGCGUGCUGCUUCUUGUGCUGUUUUUGGUCGUGGAAGCCCGGACGAGGGCGAUUCCUGUUAUUCCGCUGAGAAUGUUGAGAGGGAGACUGCCGGUUUUGACGCAGAUAUCGAAUGUUUGUGCUGGGUUGGCGGCGUACGCUUAUCUCUUCAUGCUGCCGCUCUUCUUCCAAGUCGUCUUGCUUGAUUCCGCAACGAAGGCCGGUGCGAGACUGGCGAUCCCUUCGCUGGCGACUCCCCUCGGAGGCCUGGUGGCCGGCAUCGUCAUGUCACGAUGGGGCAAGCUCGUCUGGCUGGUUCGCACGGGGGCUUUCUUGAUGCUCUUCGGCAAUGCGCUUGUCACGGCUUUGCAGUUCCAGGACAGCAAGUGGAAGUAUCUGGUCUACAUCUUCCCGGCGAACCUCGGACAGGGAAUUAUCUACCCGGCUAUUCUGUUCACCACCUUGGCUUCCUUUGACCAUGCCGAUCACGCAGUGUCAGCCUCAACUGUCUACCUAGUUCGCUCGCUGGGCACCGUCUGGGGCGUCGCCAUCACCUCGGCCAUCGUCCAGACCACUCUGAGCGUCCGACUCCCCGACGCCCUCGGUGAUAUCCCCGACAAGUGGAGACUCAUCGACGAGAUCCGUCACUCUGUAACGGCCCUCAAGACCCUCCCGGUGGAGGUGCGCCUCCCUGCUCGCAUGGUCUACUACGAGGGCAUUCGAUACGCGUUCGCGGCGUCCACAGCUUUUGCUGCCAUUGCUCUGAUUGCGGCACUUUUCGCCAGCCCGCGCGGUCUCCGUAGCACUCACAAAUAA